CUAUUGAAAAGUAGUUUUUAAAAGGAAAAAAAAGGAUUUUAAAUUGGAAUCCUAAUCAUUCAUAUUGGGAUUGAUCAUGUGAUACAGUCUGUCACUCACCACUGUUCUGCUUUCUUUGCUGUUAUUGUUCCCUUCCUUUCCUUUCUUUUCUUUUCUUUUCUUUUUUUCCCCCUUUCCUUUUUUGCAUUGCCUACCAUAUUACCUUUGAUCUUUCCCUUUUUAUCUCGUUCUUGAUAUUUUUCUUUUAUUAUUAUUAUUUUCUGAUCUAAAAAGAAUCUCUCAUCAUUCUCUCUCUCUCUCUCUCUCGUUCAAUCCUUAUGGCUACUGAAUCUGAAACUACAUCACUUCACAAUCCUACCACUACUGUUAAUCCUGAUGAGCCAAUGGAGAACAAGGUGAAUCAAGAAGUAAUGCCUAUGGAACAAGAAACUGUUUCUUUCCCCGAGGGAGGUAAAGAAGAGAACCCCAAAUUUGAUGAACUGCCACGAGAGACAAAGCAAUUGAAAGGAGAAUCAAACAAUAAACAGACAGAGCCUCCAGAAAUUGAGGUUAAGAUUGAUGGUUCUUCUGCUGUGGAUGCUCUACUGGAAGACAAAAUUGAGAUGGAGCAAGACAUUCCUCAUUCACAUGCACACAGUAGUCUAGAGCCAGCAGGUGAUGCUGUUAAAAGUCAGCCAGUUGCACAACCAGCUAAUGAAUCUGUUGCAGAAGUACAAGAAGAGCAACCAGCAACAGCAUCUGUGGAGAAAAUCGAACAGAAGCAACCAACGAUAGUCGAUAUUUCAGAAUCAUCAGCUGAAGCUGUUGAGAAACCAGAGGAGCUGUCAGCAGUUGUUCCUACUAAAGAAUCAGAAGAAGUGGUUGUAAGAGAUCCCGAAGAUUCAGAAGUAGUGUCUAAAGGAGUCAAUAAACAAGAAACAGUUGUUUCAGAAGUUGCUGUAAAAGUGGAGGAACAAUCUGAAGUCACUGAACACAGUGCACAACCAGAAUCAGUUUCAGAAAUUGGGAAACAACAGGAGCCUCCAGCAGUUCUAGCUAUCAGAGAAUCAGAAGCAGUUGUAAAGGAUAUUGAAGCUUCAGAAGCAGCAUCCAAAGAAACUGAUGAACCAGAAUCAGUAGUUCCUGAAUUGGAAGCGACACAAAAGGAACAAUCUGAAGUUGCCAAACAAGAUGAAAGAGUAGAAUCAAUUGAAGCAACUGAGAAACAACAGGAGUCAUUGGAAGUUCUUCCCGUCAAAGAAUCAGAAGCUGUUGUGAUAAACGAUAUUGAAGAUUCAGCAGUGCCUGAAAAUGUAGAUAAACCAGAAUCAGUAGUUCCUGCUGAAGUUGAGAUGAAACCAGAGGAACAAUCUGAAGUAAUCAAAGUUGAUGAGAAACCAGAGAGCCCAGAAGCCGAAGCUGAUAUACAACUGAAGGUAGGAUAUGAAGUCCCAGAAAAUAUUGAAAUUAAAUCAAUAGAAAAAAAAACAGAAUCAAGUGUGCUCGUUGAUGAGGUCAAACCAGAAGAUGAAAGUGAAGUUAGUGGCCAAGUUGAACCUAAGGGAAGUAUCAAGGCUGAAACUGUAAUAGAUGAGGGAACAUUGGCUGAUAAAGUUGAAAUUAAAUCAAUAAAAGAAAAAACAGAACCAGUUGUGCCAGUUGUUGAGGUCAAACCAGAGCACGAAACUGAAGUCAUUGGCCAAGUUGAACCUAAGGGAAGUAUCAAGGCUGAAACUGUACCAGAGCACGAAACUGAAGUCAUUGGCCAAGUUGAACCUAAGGGAAGUAUCAAGGCUGAAACUGUAAUAGAUGAGGGAACAUUGGCUGAUAAAGUUGUGGAUACCAUAGCCUUAAAGGAAGAGAGAACCAGUAAAGAAGAGGAACCUAGUGCAGCAUCUGAACAGAUUGUUUUGGUUAAACAGGAGGCUGAAGCUGACUUGAAAGAAGGCAUAGAAGAAUCUUCUCUUGCAGAUGGUGCAGAGACAACUGAUCUGGAGAAUGGAAAGAAGGAAACUGAUGGGACUGAAGUAGUUGAAGCACCACCAAAAAAGGCGAUCGUGCAAAUGGAAAAUGAUGGACAAGAGAGAGAAGAAAAGACUAUCAAAUCUGAAGUUGAGAAUGCAGAGAGAGAAGAGUUAAACAAAGGGCUAAAUGAGCCAAUAAAAGUGGAUGAUUUUAAGGCGGCUGUUUCCAAUACCGAAAUUACUGAACGAUCAUUUGAGGGAGAGCAAACUGGUCAAGUUAUCGAACCACUUGCAGAAAACAAGAAAGAAGAAAACAUAAAAGAGAAAACACCAGCUUUAGUUGAAACCAGCAAAGAUGGGUCCAUAGAGGGAAAGCUGGAUGAAGCCAUUACAGCUGUUACAGAACCAGUUAACAAAUCCCCAGAUUCAGGGUUAGAAGUAAAAGAUGAAGAGAGUGCAAAAACCGGUGAAGGCAAGGUAGGGAAAGAAAAUGCUGAGAUAGAAAAAUCUGAUACCCAGAAUUUAGAGCCGCCUACCGAGGAUGGGGAUGAUGCAAAAGCAUCCCAAGACUUGCCAAGAGAAGUUCCAGCCAAGCCUAUUCAAAACAUGAAAGAGGAUACACCAGCUUUAGUUGAAACCAGCAAAGAUGGGUCCAUAGAGGGAAAGCUGGAUGAAGCCAUUAGAGCCAUUACUGAACCAGUUAACAAAUCCCAAGGUUCUGGGUUAGAAGUAAAAGAUGAAGGAAGUGCAAAAUCUGGUGAAGGCAAGGUAGGGAAAGAAGAUGCAGAGGAGAUAGCAAAAUCUGAUGCCCUGUAUUUAGAGCCUUCUAUCAAGGAUGGGGAUGAUGCAAAAGCAUCCCAAGACUUGCCAAGAGAAGUUCCAGCCAAGCCUAUUCAGAAAAUAAAAAAAGAAAACACAAAGGAGGGGACACCAGCUUUAGUUGAAACCAGCAAAGAUGGGUUCAUAGGGGGAAAGCUGGAUGAAGCCAUUACAGCUGUCACUGAACCAGUUAACAAUUUUAAAGAUUCUGGGUUAGAAGCAAAAGAUGAAGAAAGUGCAAAAGCCAGUGAAGGUAAGGUAGGGAAAGAAAAUGUUGAGGAGAUAGCAAAAUCUGAAGCCUGGAAUUUAGAGUCUUCUACCAAGGAUGGGGAUGAUGCAAAAGCAUCCCAAGGGUUGCCAAGAGAAAUUCCAGCCAAGCCUAUUCAAAAACAAUCAAACAAUAUUUUAACAAAAAUGAAACAUUCACUUGUGAAGGCAAAGAAGGCUAUCAUUGGGAAAUCUACAAGCUCGAAAACCCUAUCUUCUGACACCAAGGGUGAUAUUAAAGUAAAAUAAUUGCCAAGGAAAUAUAGUUUUCUUGAACAUAUAAGGUUGUGGAAUUUGCAUUUUGAUAUAUAGAUUUUAGUUGUGUGUAUACCAUUUUUCUUGUAUUUCACCCUAUUCUUUGGACUUGUAUGUAUUGUUUGUAUGCUGGUUCUUGGGUUGUUUAUCUUCUGUAAUGAUCAGUACGGAAAAACUUCUUCAGUUGUGAAAAUUGAUUUGUAUACCUAUUUUGCCAAACAACUCUUUCUUCGUAUUUAUGUACUCAUUACUUGUUAAUAGAGUUUACACUAUUGUAUUA